AUCCAUCAGUCUCCGGAGGGGGGCGGAGCUCCACGCUGAGCGCUCUCCGCCCGCUCGUCAGGCACAACAUGGGGAUGGCUGGGCGGACUGUCAGCGCGCACGGGGCGCUCCGCCUCCAAAGGCGUUGACGAAGAAAGGAUCCCACAUAAAAAACUUUAUUUCAAGACAAAAACAGGAAUCAGAGCAAAUGUCUCCUAUUUCGUCAGACCAAACAGAUAAAUGAGCUCCUAACGCGUUACGCGCUUCGGCCGUGAAUGCGUAAAUGCGCUUCGGAGAAAGAAACGAGCCGCGCGUUAAAGGAACCCGAUGUCUUUGGGCCACUUGUGUCUACACAGGGACCAUUCAGAGCCACGUUUUAGCAGGCGGCAACCUUGCACAACAAGACAUCAGCCUACAGUGUGGCAGACUGCCUCUGCAGGCGGAGGAGCAGGAAAGGAAACAGGGCUGUCAUCCAUGGCCUUCAGCAGAUCCCCUCUAAAUCACUAAGAGAACAGUAUUGUUUAUUGUUAUUUAGAUUUUAACAUUUUUGUUCAUUUUUCAGUUUAUUUUGUUGAAAGUUGCAGCAGGUUUAGGGGGAUCCCAUGCACAUGUCAGAUCGCUGUGGAUGUCCACAUGGAAAGUUAACAACAAACGCGCAACCGAGAGCUUCGUGAAAGAGAGUCCCUAUUGUUGUCCAACCCGUUUUAGGAUAGAAGUCUGCUUGACCGACAUGGAGACCCGCGACGAAACAGCGGGGAAGUCGUUCGCGCUGACGUACGUGGGCUGGUGCACGCUGGACAGGCGAACCACCCUGCCCAUGCUGCCGUGGCUGGUGGCCGAGAUCCGCCGGAGGAGCGAGAAGGGCGGCUUCGGCCCCGUCAUGCAGCCCAGAGAAGUUCAGCUGCUGCUCCACUCGCCGUUCAUCCGCUGCGUCCCGUCCAGCAGCAACUGCUCGUCCGUUUUCAUCUUCGAACACAAGGCGCAGCUCAUCGCGCGCUUCAUCCACAACAGCAAUGACCUCUCCUACUUUGCGUACCUGCUGCGCGGCCAACCGGACAACCCGGAGUCCGAGAUGUCCUGUCACGUCUUCAAGGCCUUCGACCCCAACCAGGUUCCAGAGGUUAUCAGCAGCAUCCGACAGGUGUCAAAAUCAGCCCUUAAGGAAGACACGAAGCCCAAACAGGAAACCGAAGAGGCGUUCUACAAUUCGCAGAAGUUUGAAGUGCUGUACUGUGGCAAGGUCACAGUUGGUCACAAGAAGGCUCCAUCCUCCCUCAUUGACGACUGCAUCGACAAGUUCCGUCAGCUAGAGACUGAGCGAAAGCGCCUUCGGCUGCUCAACGGUCAGCGAGGCUCCACAGAGAGCGCACCUGUGGAUUUUCUCAUGGGGGAAGAAGGGGAUCCCUUAUCCUCUGUCCUGAACAAGAAUAUGGAGGAGUGUGAUGGUCUUGGAAUGGAGGACAUCAGUGUAGGUAAGAGCUUGUCCAUUAGUUCCAGUCAGAGCAGCCUGCGGGGAGCCUUCCCAGAGUGCAUCCUGGAAGACUCCGGGUUUGAGGAGCCGCAGGAGUUUCGCACGCGCUGCAGCAGUCUGGCAGGAAGUCUUCAGAGGAAGCCGGGGGAAGCUGGAAUUAUGGGGCCGACGCGUCGCAGACACUCCAGCGCUCCAAACAACGUCCAGCCCUCUGAUUCAGACAAGAAUCGAACAAUGCUCUUUCAGGUCGGACGCUUCGAGGUGAACCUCAUAAGUCCUGACAGUAAAACGGUGGUGCUGGAGAAGAACUUUAAAGAUAUCUCGUCCUGCUGUCAGGGUAUCAAGCAGACGGACCAUUUUGGAUUCAUCUGUCGUGACACGAUAGAUUCUGGGCCCAGUCAGUACGCGUGCUACGUUUUCCAGUGUGCCAGCGAGUCCUUGGUCGACGAGGUGAUGCUGACCUUGAAGCAGGCCUUCUCCACCGCAGCGGCUUUGCAAAGCAACAAAACCCAAAUCCAGCUGUGCGAAGCCUGUCCUAUGCACGGCCUGCACAAACUCUGCGAGAGGAUUGAGGGUCUUUACCCACCUAGAGCAAAGCUGGCCAUCCAACAGUACCUCUCUGAAUUAACCGAUAAUGAGCAGGCAGAGGUUUUUGAAAAAGUUCUAAAACACAAACCAGGGUCAGACCAGGAGGAGAAUGAGCUGGUGAUUCUCUAUCUAAGGCAGAUCUGUGAGACCAAGCAGAAGUCCCACCUCCACAUUGGAGAAUCUCCUCAGAAUGCAGGAAAUAGCUCUGCAGCGGGGGACAGCACGACCCACAGCAGUCGCUUCAAACUGGAUAUUUUCAAGAACAAAGCCCGCACGUCCCUCACCAGCUCCCUGGAGAACAUCUUUGCGAGGGGUGCCAGCCGGAUGCGAGACCGCCUGGGAAGCAUGGGAAGCAUCAGCAGUUUUGAAAGACAGGAUGAGGAGUCUCCUGGUCAGUCCCCUCCAGGUUCGCCCCCCGCCUUCCCCGACGACGACCCGGAAUCUGGGAUGCAGUUCCGUCGGCGUGCUCACACCUUUAGCCACCCGCCAUUAAGGAAGCGCAUCUCCUUUGAAAGUCAACUGUCCAAUCAGAGCAAACAGGCUCCUCUGCGCAGACAACUGUCUGUGAAUUCAGAGCUGCUGCAGAGCAGUCCCGUGGCCGUUCCCAGAACGCGCAGUGUUUCGGAGAGCGAGUCCUCCUUCAGCCUCCCCUCCUCCUUCUCUGCUCCCACUUUCCUGAAAAGCAUUUACCAGGGCUCGCUGGGCUCCCUCAGCUCCCUGGCAGACAGUGGGAGCCUCAAGAGCAAUGGCGAAGGCAGGAAAAGGAGUUUGUCUGGCUGCAGCAGCGACUUGGUGAGCGCAGGUCCCCCCCAGACCCCACGCAGGGUCUCCUGGAGGCAGAAGAUCUUCCUGAGGGUGGCUUCGCCCAUGAACAAGCCGUCUGCAUCCAUGCAGCACACAGAUGACUGUCCUGCCAGUGAGCUGCUGCCUCUGUCUCCUUGUGCCUUGGACGCCAGUCUGGACCAUCUGAGGGGUCUUUUGCCCAUGGCACACAACCAGUCACCUGCAGGGAAACCAAAAAAAACAGGAGCAGACUACCGGGCUCUCUGGAAGACUGCCAUCCAUCAGCAGAUACUACUUCUGCGCAUGGAAAAGGAAAACCAGAGACUAGAAGAAGCGAGCCGAGACGAGCUGCAUAUUCGCAAGAUGAAGCUGGACUACCAGGAAGUGAGUCAGUGCUCCAAAGAGACGCAGGCAAUGUGGGAGAAAAAACUCACGGCUCCAGGCAGGACAACAAACCCACAAAACAAGGAGGACCUCUAUAGGGCCGUAUGCCAAGGACUUCCAAAGAGCAGACGUGGCGAUGUCUGGCUGCUCGUUUCCCAUCAGCAUCGGCUGCGGCACAGACUGCCCCAGCGUCAGCUUGCCCCAGACACCCCUUACCAUGACCUGCUCAAGCAGCUCACCGCGCAACAGCACGCCAUUCUAGUGGACUUAGGUCGGACCUUUCCCACACAUCAGUAUUUCUCUGCUCAGCUUGGCGCAGGCCAGCUCUCCCUGUACAACCUCCUGAAGGCCUACUCUCUGCUGGAUACAGAGGUUGGCUACUGCCAGGGGAUCAGCUUUGUGGCUGGAGUCCUGCUGCUGCACAUGAGCGAAGAUCAGGCGUUUGACAUGCUCAAGUUCCUGAUGUACGACCUCGGCAUCAGACGACAGUACAGACCAGACAUGGUCUCUCUGCAGAUACAGAUGUACCAACUCUCCAGGCUUCUGCACGACUACCACCGAGACUUGUACAGUCACUUCGAGGAGCACGAUAUCUGCCCGAGCCUCUACGCGGCGCCGUGGUUCCUCACUCUGUUCGCCUCACAGUUCCCGCUUGGCUUCGUGUCCCGAAUCUUUGAUUUUGUGUUUGUCCAGGGUACUGAGGUGAUCUUUAAGGUGGCCCUGUGCCUGCUGGGCAGCCACGAGAAGGAGAUAAUCGAGUGUGACAGCUUUGAGAGCAUUGUUGACUUUCUGAAGACGGCACUCCCCACACUCACACAGGCACAGAUGGAGCAGACCAUUGCCAAGGUCAUAGAGAUGGACAUCUCCAAGCAGCUGCAUGCUUAUGAAGUGGAGUACCACGUCCUGCAGGAUGAGAUGUUGGACGCCGGGCCGCUGCCUGAUGACUCAGAGCGUCUGGACAAACUAGAAAAGACAAACACUCAACUGAAGAAGCAAAACAUGGACCUGCUGGAAAAACUUCAAGCUGCGCGGCAGAAGAUCCAAACGCUGGAGACCAGUGUGGAGAGCUUCCUCUCCCGGGAGAGCAAAAUGAAGCACAUGAUUCGCUCCCUGGAGCAGGAGAGGGCAGCGUACCAGCGGACCAUUGAACGCAUGCGCUCGUGCCUUCCCCCUGACGCCUUGACAGAUGUGGAGAUGACCCAGAUCAAAACAGGACCCAACGGGAAAGCCAAAACCGCAGCCAAAAAGCCCUGAUGGUAACCGAGGGGAGUGGGGGGCGGGGGCUGGCUGCUCCAGGCAAACGCACUGGCAGACACUAAGUUUGACAAAUGAAGUGGAAGGCUGCUGAGCUCCGCUGCGUCUCCGUGUUGCUGUAAAGGAGCCCUUUGCAAGACUGUGAAGUCUCCAGAUAAAGCAGACUGUGUGGGAAACGUCUAUGUGAUGUUUGUCUGCAGCAAUUGUGGUGGGAGGACAGUUUCAGUUAUAUUAGCAAACCGAGAGUUUCCAUGGUGCAUGAAAGCACCGUGUCUCACCGCCUGGCUUGAAGGUGGGGUCAAGACUCUAAUCACAGGGGAAUUUGUGGGCCUGACACCAGUGGAAAACAUGUUUUUGAGCACUGCCUUGAUGUGUUUACUACCUGUCUGAAAUAAGUCAAUAGAAGUGCCUGCUGGCAAGUGAUCCGUCAGAACUCAGGGUCAUCCUAAAGCCAUUACCAAUGUGUGGUCCUUUAAACUGCUUUGGUAUCACUUUUAUUUCACUAAAAUCAGUUAUCCUAAUGACCCCGAAGAUCAUUUGGUUUCUCACCCCCAAAGGUACUCGUUUUGCAUUUGUUUUCAUCACACUGUUUUUGUGUUGUUUUUUUUAAUCGAGUUGAUCUUCAGCUGUUGCAUUUGCUGCUGCUGGAAGAGGAAGUGCUCCUUCCAAAAGCUUAGACAGGAUGUGAGGUCGUCUGCCUCCUCGGUUUCCUGUGUGUCUGGUUGCUUCUUUUUUAGCACCACCUUCAGACUCAGAGACGAAACUGGCUCGCCCCAGGAGCCCCGGCGUCAACUAACCGAAGCCGGGGAGGGAUCCGAAGGCGCAAAGGUCAGCUGAGUUUCCACAGAAAUGAGGAUUUCAAAUAUCUAACUCAGAUGCAGAAAAAGAAUCAUUUAAAUUCUUGUUUUAUUUUUUUCAAAUGCACACAGACUCAAUUCGAGCUGUGGUGCUGGCUUCCUCCUCAUUUUUAUUGUGUUCCACCUCCAUAGCUGCCGCACCAUCACUGCUCCAAUUAUGUUAAAAGCUAAAUGUUCUUGGUCUGCUCUCCUUUCACAAAACAUCUUCAAACUGAGGUUGCAAUGAAAUCCUGCAAGAUUUUUCACUCCUCUAGGAUCUAAACUUUGUUUUUCCUUUUUAAACUAUUCAAGUGGACAGUUUGUCUCACAGGACUGUGCUGGGUCUUCAGAUACUAUUUGUACUUUUCUAUUUUGUUACCUAAGCAAAAAUGUCAACUGGAAAGACUACCAGCUCCGGGAUAAAACCCUUUUUUUUUUGAGGAGUAACAUCCUUUAAAAGGAUCACCUCAUAAUAAAAAAAAGACAAUGUUAAACGGAUUAAAGGAGGGUGAAAUCCGCUCCCUCUAUCAUUUCUCUCCAUAAAGAUGCAGCGAUCGAUGGUUGAUGCCGAUCCUGAUUUCAGGCAGACGUGAAUGUUUGCAUGCAAAGAAAAUGCUGCUACUAUUAUCAAAAAGACAAAUCACUGAACCAAAGCGUUUUAUCCAUACAUUAAGAAUAGUAAAAUCAUUCAAAAUGAAUGGAUGAACUGUCAAUAAAAUGUACAAAAACACCAAGAGAUACCAACUGUUUGGCAAAAGCUUGAUAUGUGUUUUCACUUGUGCCAAAUGUUUUGCGGUUUCAUUUGUAUUCCUUGAGUUGUCGACGCUAAAUGUGGAGUACCGUACUUUUCUGUGAUCACAAACGCCUGUUGGUUUACGUUGGGUGCUCUGAUUCCUGACUACUGAGUAGUGCCUGAAUCGCCGUGUUCACACUGUUGACGUUAGAGCUACACAAAAAGCAAAGCAACUGCAGUGAGUGCUUCAAUAAACCUCACCUUGCCUUUUUUU